AUGAUCGGAGGAGGCGACAAGAUCCCCAGCGUGGGCACCCUUGAUAAGCCCGAGAAUCUCGACCAACUCCUGCGCGAGGAUCGCGGCGAUGAUUGCACAUCGUGUAGAGUGGUUGGAGGCGGUGCAUUCAUCGGCCUCGCAGCUUAUAACUACCUCACCGGCAUGGCCCACCUCGAACGGCAACACGCGGCGAUCCUCAAGUCCGGCUCGAUGUUCGGAAUGAGAAGCCGCAAGCUGGGCGUUGCCAGCAUCUCGAUGGGUCUGGCUUAUCUUGGUCUAUGGAGGUUGUUCCGGUAA